GAAAUGACAGUUAUAUACUAAUAAGUUAGGUUAUGUUAUUUCGGUAAAAUAUAAAAUUGUAAAUAAAAAUGAAUUUAAAUAAGCCGGAAUUAGAAGGCACAGCGCAUUUGUUGGACGAAUUAGACAAGAAACUUAUGGUUUUGCUUAGAGAUGGAAGAACACUGAUAGGCUACUUGAGGAGCGUAGAUCAAUUCGCGAAUUUAGUGCUACAUCAAACUAUCGAAAGGAUCCACGUAGGAACAGAAUACGGCGACAUACCGAGAGGAGUCUUCAUAGUUAGAGGAGAAAACGUAGUCCUAUUGGGUGAAAUCGAUGCAGAUAAAGAGAGUGAGCUCCCGCUAACCGAAGUGUCCGUAGACGAUAUUCUAGAUGCUCAAAGGAAGGAACAGGAACUCAAACAGGAGAAGCAGAAAUUAUUGUCGAAAGCUUUGAAAGAAAGGGGAUUGAAGCUGUUGCAAGACUUGACUCACGAUGAUUUGUUUUAGUUAUAAGUUUUGUAUUUAUUAUUUUAGAAUUACUUUUUGCAGUUAAAAAUAUCCUCUUUUUUAUUGAUUUUUACUGCGAGUUUUUAU